AAAGGGCAAAAAGAACCAUUUUAAUUUUUCACUGCCGGCCGGCUUAGGCUUGAAAAUCAGCUGUCUUAAGAUUUGAAAUGGUCCUUUUGAAUUCCAAUCAAUAAGCAACAUGUCGAGUACUCUUAUAAAUAUCUGAUAUGUUGAUAGUGCGAACCGCCUUAGGGUGAUAACGUGCCAAAUUUAAAUUGGGCUGAAAUCGGUUGUUGCAUGAUACUGUUUCGAAGCAUGGGAGAUAAUUCACUUAGCAUUGCCGCUUAAACAGCUGAGAAAAAGUCCCUUGCUCAUCAAAAUUACCAUUUCAAUAUUUUAUGAAAAUGUGGCUGAUGGAGGUAAUCGGUAGUUCUGAUGACGAAGUGUUCGCGACGUUGUUAAUAAUUGAUUGACGAGACCUUCGUUCGCCAUUCAGCUUCUUCAUUGCCAAUCUGGGACUGGCAGAUCUAAGUGUGGGGCUUGUCAGCGCUCCAAUGGGUGCACUAUACCUUAUCUCCGAAGGACUGAAGCAUGUAGAUAAUUUGCAAGGAUUCCGGGUUUGGAUGCAUAUAUGCUACUUCAUUUCCUGUACUGCCUCUCUGCUCAGCCUAACGACCUUAGCGUGGGACCGUUACGUGGCUAUCGCAUAUCCUUUGCAUUACCGAAGCAAACUUAACCCUGCCAGAGCUUUUUUUAUUUCGUGUGUGGUAUGGAUUAUUUCGAUCCUUCUGUCCCUAACCUAUUUCUUCGUCGGCUACAACAAGUUCCGGUUUGUCUUCGCAAGCACUGCUGUUGCGGUAACUUUUGCGGCGUUGAUUUUCACGAACGUGAAGAUUUUCAAGUAUCUACGAUAUCAAGUCCGUCACUGGGACAGUUUACACGACAGUACAGAGGAUAACGUCGUCAUGAAACAAGCCAUGAAAAGAGAAAAGAAGAUUACGAAGACACUGGUGUUUGUGCUAGCGUUAUUUUUAGCGUGCUACGUACCUUCGUGUGUAUGUAUCUACAUCAUUAACUUUUGCUCUAUUUGCGGCUGUGAGUUUAUUCACUGGGUGAGAGACAUCCAAUUUGUACUUGUAAUGGCCAAUUCAAGCGUGAAUCCAUUCGUAUAUGCAUGGAGGUUAGAAAAUUUUCGAAAGGCUUUUAAAAGUAUUCUAACAUGCCGUGUAUUUGUAAGGCAGCUCAGGUCAAUCUCAGUGAAUCUUGAAUUGUCGACCAUCACGAGCCAUGUUGGUGUUGGAAGAUUUAAUCCAUCAGCAGAGGAGCAAGAAAGCUAAAUUAAAUUUCAUUCGCAGCUUCAGAAUUUUAUCAUUUUUGGAAUGAAGGCUUCAUUUCCGAUUAAUCAGUUUAAAUUUCCUUUAAAAAAGGUAAUUAACAUUAUUAAUUCUAGAAAAAUUGUAAAAGAACCUCUGAAAAACAUAAAAUUUAUUAAUGGUUUAACUAAUGAUUUUUCCUAUUUCCACAAUUAUAGCAAUUUGCACUUUGAUGGAUGGUGAUAAAAUUAAAUAUAAAGAUAACAACGAUAAUUAUAAUAUUCAUGAUAAUUUGUGUAUCAAAGGUUACGAAUUUGACUAUUUGUAGAUCGCUUCCCUCCAUCUCUUGAAUCGAGCCGAGAUCGACCGUUUCAGCAAUUCUAUAACCAUUUCAAAUGACGAACAUCUCGCAGCCUUGAAGUUUAUAUCGGUUUUUUGCCUUGUGUUUAUGUGUUAGCUAGCCAGGUGUAGUAAUUGUUACAAAGUCGUUACCUUGUACACUGCUUCUGGGUCGAUAUUGACUUCACGGUAAUGAAGUCAAAAGUUGCUUGCGUCUAUUUUGCAUGAAGUCAGGAAGUCAUGUCUUUUUUUGCGGCUUUGAAUAGGAAUACUUUCUUCCCCUUUAAACGACUAACACACCAAGUCGUUGAGCUUCAAGUUCGGCACUUAUCAGUGCAAUGUGUAGCUCAGUCACCCCGUCCAAGUUAAAAAAAACACGUCUUAAUCAAACUGAUACUUCACGUUAUGAUCAAGUUUAAGAGUUAUGAUCCGGCCCCUUUUCCAUGGGAAAAAUAAAUUAAACA